CUCUCUCUCUCUCUCUCUAAAAAACCAAAAAGUCCACCAAGGUUUGAGCCACAAGUCCACCGCUGCUGGGGCUAUACCUCUGGUAGAUCUGAUUGCCAUUCGCGAUCUCUCUCGCUUUUUGUUAUUUGGAGUGUUUGUUCACUUGUAGGUCUUUAAACUUUAAUGUGGCUUCAAAGUUUGAGACUUGUGAAGCUGAAAUCAAAGUUUUAGAAUAGAAACAAGUGAUAAAGCACCUUGUAAAUUGGAUCAGUUAUGGUGUUUUGGGAAGGUUAUGUGAGUGAUGAAGCAAUGGGCACUUUUGCCCCAAUUGUGGUUUAUUGGUUGUACGCUGGGUUUUAUCAGUUGUUGCCGCCAUUGGAUAAAUACCGGUUGCACACUAGAAAAGAGGAGGAAGAGAAGAACUUGGUCCCACUGCCAAAGGUGGUCAAGGGUGUUUUGCUCCAACAGCUAGUUCAGGCAAUAGUUGCUCAUGGGCUCUUUUGGUUGACCUCGACAUCUGAUGCAUCUGGGAUCACAAUCCAGCCCUCCAUUCCUAUCCAAAUUGUGCAGAUUAUUAUUGCUAUGUUUGUCAUGGACACAUGGCAGUAUUUUGUGCAUCGCUAUAUGCAUCAAAACAAAUUCCUAUACCGCCACAUCCACUCUCAACAUCAUAGGCUAGUUGUACCAUAUGCAAUUGGGGCCCUCUAUAAUCACCCACUGGAGGGUCUCUUGCUUGAUACAGUAGGUGGUGCCAUCUCUUUCCUAGUGUCAGGAAUGACUGCACGGACAGGAGUGAUUUUCUUCUGCUUUGCUGUGGUUAAAACUGUGGAUGAUCAUUGUGGGCUUUGGUUGCCUGGCAAUAUCUUCCACUUUUUUUUCCAGAACAACACUGCUUAUCAUGAUAUCCAUCAUCAACUCCAAGGCACAAAGUACAACUAUUCUCAGCCAUUCUUCUCUAUAUGGGAUAAACUUCUAGGAACCCAUAUGCCUUACGAUCUAUUAAAGCGAGCAGAAGGUGGUUUCGAGGCAAGGCUGUUGAAAGAUUGAUUCAAAUUGGAUGAUUUACUGUUAUCAUUUCAAGUUAUCACUUAACAGAGGAAUAUUUUUUGGUUGAGACAACCAUUCUUUGGAAGUUGAAUUAAAAUUGGCUAUUGACGCGUCUCAUGUUCUUGGCAUAUAGCAGGAGAGUGGUUUUGGCUUUUCAUCGCUCUUUUCUAGUUGAUUGAAAGUGCAUUUGUUUAGUUGGUAAUGGUAAUUUUACAAACCUACCCAAUGAAUUGUAAUUGUGAUGUUCUGUACAUUAUGUUGAUAUUGAUCGCUCAACAGGGUUGGAAUUUGUUCA